AAAAACUUUCUGAAAUUCAUCAUCCAAUGUUUAUCAAAACUUGGAUUAUUAAAUGGUCAAAUAAUUGAUAAACAUUUUAUUGUCAUUAUAUAAGUAAAAACUAUUACGAAGGACCAAAUUCGAAGGUAACUUGUUGAAGAAGAAACGGAAAAGGAGACGCACGGCUCGGCAACCGCCCACGUUUACUUCGUAAGCCUUCACACAUUAAUCGAUGCACCUCUGCUUCCACACACACAUGCUAUUCCUCACCUCUACGUUCACACAAUCCCAUAUAUAUUAGAGUUACAUGUACUCGAAUAUACCACCAAGUGGCCACUUGUUAGCCUUUCCAAUCUUCUUUACACCAAAAAUUCAUAAAGAGUAUAUGAAAAAUGUUGCCGUACAUUGGACACAACAGCUACCAGCAGCACCAGUUUCCAUCACCGGAGAUGGAAAUAAUUCCGGAGGAGAAAUGGAAGCUUUCCUACGGACAAGAGGUUACUGCUCCGGCUUGUCCUCGUUGUGCAUCGUCCAACACCAAGUUUUGUUAUUACAACAACUACAGCUUGUCUCAGCCUAGAUACUUCUGCAAAGGUUGCCGUCGCUACUGGACAAAAGGCGGUUCUCUCCGCAACAUUCCUGUAGGUGGAGGCUGUCGCAAGAGAAGCCGCAGCAGACACAACAGUCACAAAAGGUUUGGUCGGAACGAGAAUCGGCCGGAUGGUCUUAUUAACCAAGACGAUGGAAUUCAGUCCAGCCCUGCUGGUUCUGAUAUUGAUUUGGCUGCGGUUUUCGCACAAUACGUGACUGAUCGUAGCCCUUCUAGUGCAGAUAAUACUACUGGAUCCGAUCAAGAUUCACCGUUAACAACAACUACUAAUGCUUUAGAUUCCUUGAGUUGGGAUAUCAGCCAAGAAACCGAUGUGGAUCUUGGAUUCUACGGGGAAUUCAAUCAUCUAUCCGACAAGACCGAAGAAGAUCAACGAGGUUUUGGUCAGUUCCUCCAAGAAGAUCGAGAGGAGAACUUCGAGUUCCAGGGUUUACUCGAUGACAAAGAGAUUCAAGAGAUACUGGAAUGCUCAUUCUCAGAGGAGCCAGGCCAGUUGAUUUCUCAGGGGAGUUUCAUGAUCAAUGGUGAUAAUUGGAGUUCAACAGAUCUUACCAGAUUCGGGAUUUGACCAGGAAGAGAAAGAUGGUUUCUUUCAUUUUGAUCACAUAUACUUAAUUUAUUAUAUAUAGAAAAUACGUACUAUUUACACUUAAACUCAUUCUUAUAUUGUUCAUGAAGUUAUAUAUCACACAUGAACGAUCCCACAGAAUAGGAUCCGUGGAGUAGAUUACUGUAUAUUAAUCUUGAAUAAUGAAUACAAACUUACAAUUUUUAUGUUCU